AUGCGGGCUCGCCGCGGCGUGCGAAUCACUAAUUUUUUCGGAGGUAUAUUUCUUCUUAUCCCAUCCAACGCACUUUACAAUUCCUACUCCUUCUCGUUAAUCUCGCGAUAGCCGCGUUCCAAAUUUUCGAUAAGCUAUUCGAAAAAAUUUAACGCGAAUUCUCAGCAACUUGUUUCCAAGAUUCAAAUCGGCGAUCGAAAAUCAAGAAUCAUGCCAGCGGACGCCGAACUCAGCAACCUGCUUAACAGACGGCAAAGAAUCAACGACGAACUCGAAGAGGGUAAAGAGGUGAAGAAGCAGUACAAAUUCGUAAAUGUUUAUACCGAGUUCCAUGAGUUGUCGCGCCGUGAGAUCAAGCAAUACGAGCAAACCUUCAACAGAUUCGACGAUGGACACGAUGGUUAUCUCGAUCUCUCCGAAUUAAAGCGAAUGAUGGAAGUUUUGGGUGCACCGCAAACGCAUCUCGGACUCAAGGCGAUGAUCCAGGAGGUCGACGAGGAUGGCGACGGUCGUAUAUCUUUCCGUGAGUUUUUACUGAUCUAUCGUAAGGCGCGUGCCGGUGAGUUGGAACAGGAUUCCGGAUUGAGCCAGCUGGCCAGACUCACUGAAGUGGACGUUGAUGAAGUUGGUGUUACCGGAGCUAAAAACUUCUUCGAAGCCAAAAUCGAGCAGCUGCGAAAGGCUUCAAAGUUUGAGGAUGAGAUUCGUAUGGAGCAGGAAGAGCGAAAACGAGAAGAGGAGGAAAAAGCGGCGAGGCGAGAGCAAUUCCGGCAAAAAGCCGCCCUUUUCGGCAAAUAAUUAAAGAAAGAAAAUUAUGAGAGAGCGAAAAUAGCCGACUUGUCGUUAGAAUGCAAAAACCGAUUGCCUUAGAUUAUUUAGAUUUAUUUCCGAUUGAUAUCAAUGUCGUCAACGAACGGCUAUAUGUAUAAACUAUUUAAUUGCGCUUUAGAAAGCAACGUGAAAUUGCAAAGUUAUUGCUAUCUAUUGUUAGAAGAAUUCAAAGCGAGUAAUGUAAUCUCCGUUGCUAUUUAGCACACGAAAAACGAUUAUACGCCAAUAGUCUCUAAUUUCGCAAAUAAACGAAUCAUUUCCGCAUGUCAAACGAUAUCGAAAUCUCGAUUCAGCAAAAUUUUUAACGCUUUCUAUGUUUAAUUUGAAGACUGCGUGUGUGAUGUAUUUUUGCAAUACUGUGCUUUGAAUGUGAUAAAAGGCUAAAAGUCCAUAUCUUCGAAGCAAGACGAAUAAUAAUAGCAAUGAAUUGUUUUGAAUCAUCACACAAUUUUUAUUUUUUGUAUAUUUAUUAUUUACACUACGGAUAUUUGACUUUUUAGCAUUUACAAUACUAUAUUCAAAAUAUAUUAUUAAGAAUAUUUAAUAACGUUAAGAAUAUUAAUGUUUAUACAAUCGUAUAUAUAUAUGUCAAUUUUGAUAGAAAUCAAAGUUUUGGAAAACUAUUGAUAUCUAUUGUUCUACACACAUAUCUAUCGUAUAGACAUAUUUUAAAAACUGUUAGAGUUAUUAUUUUAUGAUAAAGAUUUGCAAAUCACAGAUAAUGCGCAAACUACUUUUACUUACUUUUUUAAUAGUAGUUUUCAUGAUAAUAAUUAUAAUACUGUUAUAAAAUAAUGAAUAAUGAAUGGUGCUAAGCAAAGUUUGAGAGGAAAAAGAUUAAUUAAUAAUUAAAAUUAUUAAAAUUAUAAUAAAAUGUUUAAUAUACAAAUGUUAAUGCAAGCAAAAAACAAAUUUCAAUAAAUUUUAAAAGUAUUAAAGUAAUUGGACUAACUAUUUCGUAAAUGUUAAAGGAUUAUCGAAUACGAGGUUAAAUGUUUUAAUUCGCUGAAUGAAAUGUAGAUAAAAACAAUAUUGACAUAAAUAAAAAUCGAUCUUAGAUUAUUCAAGAAAAUGGCCUUAAAGAUUUUCCAAUUUCCGAUAACGUAAGAUUUGUCUUGGCGCGUGCUUUAAUUUUUAUUAUGCGCGAUGGCCUUUUAUUUAUUUUCUUUCUUAAAUAGAUUUUUUUUUAUACAUCAUGUUAAAUAACAUAUAUAAAAAUAUGUAUAUAAAAUAUAAAAAAAUAGUAUAGUUGUAUAUCUGUCUGCGUGAAUGUUGUAUACCAAGCCAGAAAAACAUGUUUAUUUAAUUUUAAAUUGAGACAUUAAAAAAAUUACAUGUAGAUAAUUACAAAAAUUUAAUGAAAAGCAGAUUUAUUAUAAUUACGUCAAUUUAUAUUUCACUGAAAAAGAUUUUAGUAGGGGCUUCUAAUAGGUGCUUUUUAAAUCCUUGACUGAUUAAAAGAUGAGUUAUUUAGUUCAUCAGAAGAGUACAAAACUAUGUUUAAAUAAUAGAAGUACUAGAAGCUCUUUUAAAAAUCCUUCAAAAUUCUUAUUUCUUUAUUUCGAUAAACAUUUGUAAUAAUAUUGUGCAGAUAUUUAAAUGGAUUCGACAGUAUAUUGUAUAUGUUUUUAUGAUACAACGUCAUUUUUGACGACAUUCAUCUGUACAUAAUAAUAUUAGGAAGCCUCGAACCUUUAUUGUAAGAAGUGUUUUAUUGUAAGCUGUAGAUUGUAAAUAAACUUAUUUUAUUGUGUCAA